AGUAUACACAAAUACCGUUGCUGCUCCUUUUCCUGCUCCUGCAAACUGAUUAGCUUACCGCGCUACCAAAGAGAAAUAGCAUCCUAGUUUCUUCUUUAUUCAGCUUUAACACGGCCAGCUGCUGUCAGCUACUUGUAAGGUAUAUGAGCCCUUUUACUGUCGCAUAAUGAGUUAGUUAACACAUCUUCUAACAGAAGUUGAAUGUCGAUAAUCCAGCGUUGUGUUUAUGUGGGUCGACGACCGUACACAAACUGACUCACUUCACUGCACAAGUGCUCGACUCACCGUAGUCAAUGUCGUCUGAACUUGAGAAACCACUCAGCCCUUACAAAAUUAAGUCUGCAGAGGACAGCUGGAGACUCGACUAUGUCACUGGGAACCUGUUCGCCUGCCCUAAGGACGAGGCUCUGGCCCACUGCAUCAGUGAGGACUGCCGCAUGGGGGCAGGCAUAGCAGUGACGUUCAAGCAGAGGUUCAGAGGGGUAGCGGAGUUAAAGGAACAGAACAAGCUGACAGGACAAUGUGCUGUGCUGAGAAGAGACAGACGUUUCAUCUACUAUCUGAUCACAAAGAAAAAGGCGAGCCAAAAACCCACCUAUGAGAGCCUGAGACUGAGCCUGGAGGACAUGAAGUUGCACUGUGAAAAGAACGGAGUAACAAAAAUAUCAAUGCCUCGUAUUGGCUGUGGCCUGGAUCGACUGGAGUGGGCAAGAGUGUCGGAGAUACUGGAACAGGUCUUCAAACACACAAACAUCUCCAUCACAGUCUACAGCCUUCCAGUGAAAGCAGAGACCACAGUGAUGAAGGAAAACAUGCGCAGAUGAUUACUGGAAAUGAUUAUUUAUGUAAUAUUUAGUUUAUGUACUUUUCUGUAUUAUUCCCUGAUGAUUUUUUUUUUUCCAGCAAAAAAAAAUGUUAUCUUACAGAUUAUCUGGAAAUAAAUAUUCUUCUUUGCACAGCAAAGUCAGCUGAACCCUCAUAAGCUGUUCUCUUCUUUUGAAAAAGAAGAGAACAGCCUCCAAAACAUGCUCAUCUAGAUUUAUCUGUAAAUGUAGAUAUUUCUUGAAUUUGUUCACCUGUCCCGUCUGGUUUAACAUCAUGAAUGGUACUUUCCAUCUGGACAAUGAGUCUAAAAUAUCAGGUAUCUCUUUAUUUGCCCAUUCACCCACCAGGCAGUCAUGUUGUUGAUUGAGCAAACAGUGUAUUUGCAUUUCUCUCUGGGCAUCAUAUAACUUCUGUAGUGUUCAUUAAAGCCUCUGCAGAUGGUUUUAGGUA